GGGACUUGAGACGGAUGAUCUCCAAAUCAACUCAAGCGCCGAGCCAAAGGCAAGCAAUCCUCCAUUUCAUUUCCAUCUCCAAUUCCAUCCUACCUCUCUCUCUCUCUCUCUCUCUCUCUCUCUCUCUCCUCGCCUGCAACCGUCGAUCCCUCGCACUCAUAUUCUAAUGGCAGCCGACGUCUCCAUCCCCACGCCGCCUCUCGAUCCUCCUCAACCUCUGGUCUCCCAACCACCCGCCCGCACCAGCUAAUUCCUAGUCCCCCCUGCAGCAGCGGCUCUUCUUCUUCUUCUUCUUUCUCUCAGUUCCUUGGUGGAGAAUCAAAUCGGAAAUCCGUCAAAGGUGCGGCCUUUUUCUCGAUGCGUUGAUGCUUAUCCAACCUGCAAAGAUUCCGCCUUUGCUAGUUUAAGUUUCCGGAGAUGACGUCGUUACUCGAUUUGAGGGGGUAUUCUAUGGUCGGAUUAGGACUCAUCUUGUGCGGAAUUUUGGGAGCCGUGUUGUGUGAUACCACUUUUCGGAGGGAUUAUGGGUGAUAUCGUGCUCAAAAUGACAUCUUUGGGCCAAACCAAUGCUCUCCUAGUAUUCUGCUCUCGCUUGCUGAUUUAGGAUUUGGGUAAAUUUCAGAGGGAGGCUCCCAUUUCCAUGGAAAAUGCAAUCUUGCUCCUACUUUUCGGAAGAAGGUUGAAAACAGAGGAGCUUUUUUGACCUGUGAUUUGUUAUUGAGUCUUAGGUGCUUGGUGCUUUGGAGCUGCAGUGGUCAGCAUUAGUGGCUUCUAGGGUCACAGGUUUGGGGUUCUGCAGUGGCGCAUCUGUGCCCGCUCUCCUGUUCUACGGUUGUAGCAAAGGAGCAGAGCUCUGUCAAGAUGAGAUGUACAAGGGGAAGGAGAUCAUUUCCCCUUUGUUUCUUUACGAUGGUUUGCCUCAUGGCUCAGCUGGGAGCUUGCAAUGUGGUACUGAUGACGAAUAACACGACCUUAGCAUUUGAUGAUGUUGAGGCAACCUUCAGUCAUAUUGCAGCUCCAGCGGUGAAAGGUUCAGGUGUCAAUGGCUUCAUUUAUGCUGCAGAACCUCUGGAUGCAUGCAGUCCAUUGAGAACAAAAGCGGCUGAAGGUUCUGCAUCUCCAUUUGCGUUGAUUACAAGAGGCGGUUGCCAAUUUGAUGACAAAGUUAGAAAUGCACAGAAUGCUGGAUUCAAGGCUGUGAUAGUAUAUGAUAAUGAAGACAGUGGCGUCCUUAUUUCAAUGGCUGGAAGCUCGUCUGGAAUCCACAUAUAUGCAGUGUUCAUCUCUAAGGCCUCAGGAGAGGUGUUGAAGAAAUAUUCAGGUCAAUCUGAUGCGGAGUUGUGGAUAAUACCAACAUACGAGAACUCAGCUUGGUCUAUCAUGGCAAUUUCGUUCAUAUCACUGCUUGCUAUGUCUGCCGUCCUUGCCACUUGUUUCUUUGUAAGGAGACACCAGAUAAGACGGGACAGAGCUGGAAUUCCUGAAGCUCGACAAUUUCAUGGAAUGAGCAGUCAAUUAGUUAAAGCAAUGCCAAGUCUUAUUUUCACAAAAGUGCAAGAAGACAACUGUACGUCAUCGACAUGUGCCAUUUGCUUGGAAGACUACAGUGUUGGAGAGAAGAUAAGAGUGCUACCUUGUCGACACAAGUUCCAUGCAGCCUGUGUGGACCUGUGGCUCACCUCAUGGAGAACAUUCUGCCCUGUAUGCAAGCGGGAUGCAAGGGCUGGAACAACGUCAAACCCCCCAGUAUCAGAGUCCACUCCUUUACUUUCUUCUGCUAUUCGCUUACCUGCUGAAUCAAUCGCUUUGGCUUCCUUCCGGUCAAUAGUGGCAGCAUCUCCCCCUAGGCCAAUCAGCCGGCAACCUUCAUCACAGUCAAUAUCCCGCACUUACUCCAUUUCAGGUCCUGGUAUCCCCCCCACCCCUAACCCCCAUAGGUCUUAUGCAAACUCACCUCCUAUCUGCACAAGUAGAAGCAACGUAGACCUUGCAAAUAUGUCAUCCCCAUGGUCUCGCACUUCGCACCUUGCAUCCACUCACUCUCUGUGUGGUGGCCAUUUGUCUCCACCGAUCAAUAUCAGGUAUGCUUCACCACAUGUCUCCCUUUCUGGCUAUGGGUCUCCCAGUCGGUACAUAGGUUCAUCACAUGUGUCCCAUUCUGGCUGUGGAUCUCCAAGCUAUUACCCUGGAUCUUCCGGGCGGCAACACCCUUACCUGAGGCACUGCACCGGCUCAGGCCCAAGCCUGUUUACCAUGGUGCCUCAGUCACUGCAGCAGACCCAGAUGCAGCAUGGAGCCAACUCGGAGACAAGUCUAUCAGCUGCCGCGUCAACUCAAUCGUUCGGUCAGUUCUACCUGCAGCAUUGUCCUGAUUCUGAUACGUCAUCUCAGUCGCUACCAGGAUGCUGAUUGCUGUUGCGAAGUUUACCAUUUCAUGAGCCCUACAAGACUCAGAUGGUGAUUCCUGAAAGCUUUCAUGGAACUCUAUCGGUUGCUGAACUGGCAGGUUAAUGUUGGCUUGUCGACAGAAGUAUUCUGCAGGUACCAUGGUAAUAGAAUGGGUGACUCAACUGCUUCUAAGAAGAGAGCCGAUCUCAAAAUUUGACCAAUUUUACUUGUUGAGUCUUGAAGAAGCAAAUGGCUAUGAGUGUACAGGGAGUGGUUUUUUACUUGCGUAGUAGUUGAAGAGGAGAGGCACGUGUACAAUCAUAAGUGAUAACUCAAGUGUUGAUGUGUUUGUUUACAUUCUGCUACUGUGUUUAUGCCAUGAGUGUGUAGAGUGUACUGAUGCAGGUUAGUAGGAAUCUGAGUCGCAGGUUGCCUUUUUGAGUUUUGAGCUUGUAAGAUAUCUUUUUAUUUUUGUCGAAUUAGUUCGUGAGGGCUUUGAAUAGAAUGAAGCUUGGGAGCUACAGGCACUUGUUCUUGCUUCGUUCUUCCUAUGAGGAGGAUACUAGCGUAGUAUCUCACUUGUAUACUUAAGAGUUCUAUGCAUCGCUGGUGUUGUACUGACUAAACUGUUGAGCCAACCAUUUUCUGAAAGAAAUAUUAGCUCUUCUUUUAUGGCUCCAGAAAAAAAGGAUCGGUUAAAUUA